CCAGAUUUAAGACACAUUAAGUUCAUGUUUGCUGAUCAAGUGAAGAGUGUGUAAGUUUGGACCAUCAGUGAGUGAGUUCAGAGGAUCAGUCAUGAGGGAGUGUUUCUGUCUUUUCCUCUUUAUGCUGCACUUUGCUGAAGGUUGUCGACUUUCAAGUCAUGGACAGUCUGAAGAAGUAACAGGUUACACAGGUGGAUCAGUCCUGCUGCCCUGCUCCUGUACUGACCCUCAAUCUACAGUAAAGUCAUUCACCUGGUAUUACACAACAGGAUGGAUUAAAGUUUUUGAAGAUGAAAAAUUCAAGGGCAGACUGAAGCUGUUUAAUGAAAGUUCUCCAGCAAAUCUGUCUCUGCUCAUUUCUGACCUCAGAAAGAAGGAUGAAGGGUUAUAUAGGUGUCAGACUUUAGGCAGAAAUUAUACAGACAUUACAGUAAAGAUAAAAGGGUGUGAUCUGGACCAGAAUAAACAGACGGUCGCGGUGACGGGACACUCGGGAGAGUCUGUAGUUUUGCCCUGUUCCUGUACUGAACUACAGGACAAACCUCCACAACUUACAUGGACAUAUACUCCACUAAAACACAAAACAAAACCUGAAGAAAUUUACCCAAAUGAACAGAGUGAGAGACACAGAGGUAGAGUCAAACUGUUGAAUGAAACCUCUCCAGGAAAUCUCUCUCUACUCAUAUCAGACCUGAACACAGAAGAUCAGGGAGAAUAUCAUUGCUCUGUGCUUCAACAACAACACGUCAACAUCACACUCAGUGUUCAAGAGGAACUUUACUUUCAAUCAAUCUGUUUAUCAAUCCAUAAACCUGCAAAAGAAGAAAGUACAAGCACUCAACACUCAGGAGGCAUAUUGAGAAAACAACCACACAACUCACCUUAAUGAUGAAGUGACAUGUUCUAACAGACACACCAGCUCACAGAGACACCGUAGAGCAUGUGCUGUAUACAAGCAUCAAAGAAAUAUGACUUAAUCAUCUGUAUUUUGUCUGAAACUUCUGAUACUUCCUGUUAUAGCGUACCUAUUUUAUGCCGUUUUAACUCAACUUAAAAGGUAAACAAAACACCAGGUUGUAUUCUGACCAUGUACUGCUAAUACUACAUAGACAAACAAACUAUAAAGAGAUUUAUACAGCCAGACCAAAACCAGUGUUUAUGUACUUAGAAAGUUAUAGUAGCUUGUUCUUCAUAAUCUCUGUGGCAAGUUUCCUGUAAGCAUUGUUAUCUUGGUACCAUGUAAACAUUUUAAUGAUUUAACAAAUAGUGGAGUAUAUGAAUAUCUGUCUUUCAGCAGGACUGUGCUGUUUUAUUACAAUAAAAAAUAGAGGUCUUGACCUCUGAUGUUACUUAAGUACAAACCCGAUUCCAAAAAAGUUGGGACACUGUACAAAUUGUGAAUAAAAAAGGAAUGCAAUGAUGUGGAAGUUUCAAAUUUCAAUAUUUUAUUCGGAAUACAACAUAGAUGACAUAUCAAAUGUUUAAACUGAGAAAAUGUAUAAUUUUAAGGGAAAAAUAAGUUGAUUUUAAAUUUCAUGGCAUCAACACAUCUCAAAGUUGGGACAAGGCCAUGUUUACCACUGUGUGGCAUCCCCUCUUUUUAUAACAGUCUGCAAACGUCUGGGGACUGAGGAGACAAGUUGCUCAAGUUUAGGAAUAGGAAUGUUGUCCCAUUCUUGUCUAAUACAGGCUUCUAGUUGCUCAACUGUCUUAGGUCUUCUUUGUUGCAUCUUCCUCUUUAUGAUGCGCCAAAUGUUUUCUAUGGGUGAAAGAUCUGGACUGCAGGCUGGCCAUUUCAGUACCCGGAUCCUUCUUCUACGCAGCCAUGAUGUUGUAAUUGAUGCAGUAUGUGGUCUGGCAUUGUCAUGUUGGAAAAUGCAAGGUCUUCCCCGAAAGAGACGACGUCUGGAUGGGAGCAUGUUGUUCUAGAACUUGGAUAUACCUUUCAGCAUUGAUGGUGCCUUUCCAGAUGUGUAAGCUGCCCAUGCCACAUGCACUCAUGCAACCCCCAUACCAUCAGAGAUGCAGGCUUCUGAACUGAGCGCUGAUAACAACUUGGGUUGUCCUUGUCCUCUUUAGUCCGGAUGACAUGGCGUCCCAGUUUUCCAAAAAACUUUUUUUUUGGAAAACACUCUGGGCCACAGUCCAUUUUAAAUGAGCCUUGGCCCAGAGAAAACGCCUGCGCUUCUGGAUCAUGUUUAGAUAUGGCUUCUUUUUUGACCUAUAGAGUUUUAGCCGGCAACUGCGAAUGGCACGGUGGAUUGUGUUCACCGACAAUGUUUUCUGGAAGUAUUCCUGAGCCCAUGUGAUUUCCAUUACAGUAGCAUUCCUGUAUGUGAUGCAGUGCCGUCUAAGGGCCCGAAGAUCACGGGCAUCCAGUAUAGUUUUCCGGCCUUGACCCUUAUGCACAGAGAUUGUUCCAGAUUCUCUGAAUCUUUGGAUGAUAUUAUGCACUGUAGAUGAUGAUAACUUCAAACUCUUUGCUAUUUUUCUCUGAGAAACUCCUUUCUGAUAUUGCUCCACUAUUUUUCGCCGCAGCAUUGGGGGAAUUGGUGAUCCUCUGCCCAUCUUGACUUCUGAGAGACACUGCCACUCUGAGAGGCUCUUUUUAUACCCAAUCAUGUUGCCAAUUGACCUAAUAAGUUGCAAAUUGGUCCUCCAGCUGUUCCUUAUAUGUACAUUUAACUUUUCCGGCCUCUUAUUGCCACCUGUCCCAACUUUUUUGGAAUGUGUAGCGCUCAUGAAAUCCAAAAUGAGCCAAUAUUUGGCAUGACAUUUUAAAAUGUCUCACUUUCAACAUUUGAUAUGUUAUCUAUAUUCUAUUGUGAAUAAAAUAUAAGUUUAUGAGAUUUGUAAAUUAUUGCAUUCAUUUUUUAUUCACAAUUUGUACAGUGUCCCAACUUUUUUUGAAUCGGGUUUGUAAAACACUUUUAGUGUUGCAUCAUCAAAUAUCAUUACUCUACAUCAGGGAUUCCCAAAGUGUGGUACGCGCACCCCCAGGGGUACGCGAGAGGAAAAAUGUAAUGUCUGUUUUUUUAAGUGGGAUUUUUCCAUACAAUAAAAAAAAACAUGAACAGUAAA